AUGUCGUUCAAUGAGUUGGCCCCGGUUUACAAUCUGGACGCUCCCAGCUAUCUUUCGAUCGAGUACCCGCUGAGAGUCAAGAACGUGGACAAGGCCAUUGGCAUGGUUGGAGGCGGGCGCACGAUCGCCCAGUGUUUUAUUGAGCCUGAAAAACGGCUCGAGCUGAAACUGCGGCCUGGCGACGUGUAUUCGCAUCCUGUUAAUUCAGAGGUUUGCGACACGACAGAGAAUGUGCUACUCAAGCUCAGAAUCCCUAAGAAAGUGCUGGAGAAACAUAAUCGCAAUGUUCAACUGGCUUUGCAAGAGUGCGAGCAAAAUAAAAUCGCGUACGAGUCAAACGUGGAGGCAGUUUUGAACAAAACGUACAAGUUUCGCCAACUGGCCGAUUUCCAAACGAUCCACAAAAAAUCCCAGUUUACAAACAAGUUUCUUGAAUCUGUUGGGAAGGCCGAUCUCGACAAGAUCAAGCAGUUUGCUGAUUACAUCGAGGAAGAUUACAAGAACCAGUCCAAGUUCGAAAACUGCGACCUGGACGUCCCGCCAUUGAUCAGGUACGCGCGUGUGGACAUUCCCUACAAUUACAAGUACGUGGGAAACCUGCUAAUAGACGAGAAUGGCGAGCUCACUCGGGACACCGUUAAGUUGCACACCAUUUUCGUUGACUGGGGAGAAAAACCGCCUAGUUCUUACGACCCUGCGCUGCAAAAAGAGCUGGAAAAAUGCGAGAACGAAGUUCAGAGUCUCAAGGAGCGCGGACUCGAGCGCAUAGUGCCCGAUUCGCCCGCUUACAGCUUGCUCCGGUGCAUCGAGAUACUUGAAAAAUUGUUCACCAUGAAACCGAUCUGGCUUCGAAGACACAUUGGGUGGAUGUUGCCCGCACGACUGCGCCCGCAAUUGCGGUUCGCGCUGCCCUACGUUGCCUACACCACCAAGAAGGGUCCCUGGAGACAGUCGUACAUCAAACUGGGCUACGAUCCGACAACCGAUCCUAAAGCUGUGGCUUUCCAGGUGGAAGCGUUCCGGAUGAGUGUGAAAUCACUCAAGAACAACGAGAUCGAGAAGAUGGUGGAGAACGGUGAGGAGACUCUGAUUGUUCCGCAGACAUUGGCAGAGUACAAGCACGAGUUCACAGACCAGGACUCGGUAGUGAACCAGCUAGGUAUAGGCAAAGUUCCGCGACAGAUGUUUUACGACGGGGUGAACGCGACGUGUGCAGUUUCGUUCCAGAUUGGCGACAUGAUGGACGAGGACGUGAAGCGGAUUCUUCGCGGUGCCCAGAUCCAGGAACAGUGUUUCGAGGCCACCGGGUGGCUGGACUGGGUCACGGUUUGUCGUAUUCGCGGAGUUAUCAAGUACAAGCUGGACUGUAUUGACAAAGGACGCAAGGUGGACGCGGAGAAAGUGGACGCGAUCAUGGCGAAGUCGAGUUUCCCGUUCAACGACUACAAAGGACUGGUUCCGCGGGAAGAGGAGGACAACGAGGACGAGACCGAGCAGACGAUGGACCAAAACACCGAGAUCGCGAAAGACGAUCUGAUUACGCGACUACAGGUGUUCAAUUCGAACAACAGCGAGGUUCUGGAGGAGCUGGAUGGGUUAUUGAAACAGGAGCUGUUUCUGGACGCUGGCGGGACCAAGCCGUGA